CGCCUGUUUUACAUGUAGCACUUAGACCGCGCACGGUAUUGCAUAAGGAAUAUGCUGUUAACGGGAACACACAUCAUACGAGAAUAGCGGCAAUCUUAGUAAAACAAUAUGGAUCUCGAUAAAUUUAAUAAUAUCAUGAACUUGUUUUUAUUUAUCUGUUUUGGGGCAAUACAAGGCAUGAGUGGUGCUGUUACUUUAGUCGAUUUGCCAAACACAGUAAAUGUGAAGGAAAACAGUCCUUCUGGUAUGGUGGUGGCCAGUUUUACAGUAAAUACUACAAGAGCAGCCACAGUUCCACCUGGUUAUCCCAUCAUUAUAAACUCAAAUCCUCUCACCAAAGCUUUUAUCAUCAGCAAACUAAAUUUACAGUAUCAGGUUCUGAUCACUGGGAAUCCUAUACUGGAUUUCGAAACAGCACCAAAUGCAUUUAAUUUGCAGAUAUAUGUGAAAGACUCAAGGGGAGACACUGACCUCCAAAUACUUACUAUAGUGAUAACAGAUGUGGAUGAGCCCCCUGUGUUUCUAGACAAUUUGGAAAAUCAAGCUGUGUCAGUUUACAUCACUGAGAAUUCACCACCAGGUACCAUUUAUACAGUUCUAGCAUACGACCCUGAAAAGCAACCACUCCAGUAUUCAUUGCAACCAGCAGGUUCCCCAUUUACUAUUAAUGGCGGAACGGGAUCCAUUAUUUCAAUCAAAGUUUUGGAUUAUGAGAAAGACCUCAAAAGUUACAAUUUACUGGUCAAAGUAGGAGAUGGAACAAACCCAGACAUUAAUGGAACUGUAAUUGUUUACAUUGUAAAUACAAACGACAAUGCGCCUAUUUUUACCAUGAAGCAGACAACAUUUACCAUUCCAGAAGAGCAGCCACCAGGAACAAUUGUUGCUAACGUAACAGCUCAAGAUGCAGAUGACUUUGGUUAUGUAGGCAACCUCAUCUUCAGUAUAAACCCCACAGAUUACUUUACCAUUAACCCAUUGACAGGUAUAAUUCGAGUGGCAGAAUGGAUAGAUAGAGAUGCCAAGCCCCUUCGAGAAAAUCCGCUGAUAACUGUAGAAGUGAGUGUUAUAGACAGUCCAAAAGGAGGUCAGUCAACCUCCAUGUCAAUAACAUUCAACGUUACUGAUAUCAACGACAAUCCACCUGUUUGUAUUCCAGAUACCUACAGGCCUCAAGUUGAAGAGACAGCAGUUCUUAAUACAAGCAUUACAGAAAUAAAAUGCACUGAUAAUGAUGUCGACCCGCCAAAUAAUCAGUUCAAAUUUACUGACCUAUCUUGUAACGGGUGUAAUCUGAUUUUUGCCCUGAACCCAGCAUUUUCUGGAAAUAUUUUGUUAACAGGAAGUCUAGACCUUGAGCAACCUAAUAACCCACUUGAAUACACCUUAACUGUAGUGGCUGAAGAUAUAACGGCUCCGUUUUAUAAAGAUACAGCUUACGUUUAUGUGAUAGUCCUUCCAGUAAAUGAAAAUCCUCCUGUGUUCAACCCAGCAACUUAUAAUUUCAGUGUUUCUGAACUUAGUGGACAAGGGGCAGAAAUUGGAGUUGUGACUGCGACUGACAAAGAUAUUCCUUUUACUGGAAUAACCUACUCAAUAGAAGCAGGUGGAAGUACUCUUGGUUACAGCAACAUAUUUUGGAUCGAUCCAAAUACAGGAUCAAUACAGCUUUUGACAGAACCAGACUAUGAAACUACGUCAAAGUAUGUUCUCACCAUAGGGGCUGUGGACAACGAUCCUACAAAUCCUAAAACAGCAAAUGCUGUAGUGACAGUAAAUAUUCUUGAAGCAAAUGAUGAAAAACCAAUGUGCACACCAAAUUAUUAUACAAUAACUGUUCCAACUGACCUCAGCCCAGGCACUAACAUUCAGAGGUUCCAACUCACCUGCACUGAUCGAGACUCCCCACCUACUGCCUUCCGUUAUACCAUUAAUUCAGGUAACAUAAACAACCACUUUGCUUUUUCACCAACGGCGGGCUCAAACAUCACAAGACUUAUUCUGGCAGAACCGUUUGAUUACUCUGACGGCCUGGACAAACAAUGGAAUUAUAAACUUCUUGUAUUUAUAACGGAUGAUAACCUACUAUCAGGAGCCCGACAACCUAAAGGCAUUGUAGAGACUGGAACAGUUACAAUAAAUGUAAAUGUAGUGAUUGCAGGCCUGACUACAGUUUUAACCACUACACCUCCUAGUAUCACAUAUAUCCAUAUUGCUAAAAAUGCAUAUGCUACAACUGCAUGGUAUGUCCCAUUCAUAAUUACCCUGGGUGCAAUGCUUCUCCUUGGAUUUCUGGGGUACCUACUCUAUCACCUGGCAAAAUAUCUGUCAAAAAAAGACCUCAGCUGCUGCACACCAAAACCUGCUAAAUACAAGGAGCCUCCGAUUCAAAAUACAAAUAAAGCCAAGAAAGAAGUCGUUAUGGAAUUGACAAAGAUUAACACUGUCUUUGAUGGAGAAGCAGUAGACCCAGUCACAGGGAAAGUUUAUGAGUUCAACACAAAGUCUGGAGCUCGCCGGUGGAAAGACACCCAGAUACUCAAGGACCCUCAGCCAAUCAAAAUGGAGAGCAGUGAGCUUGUGAUUCCAGUGUUGCCCUCCAGUAUUAACGAAGGCAAAGGUAGGAUCGGGACAGCAAACGGACAGAAAACCAACAGCCACGAUGUCAAGGCAUUACAGAAGGGAGCUGAAAAGAAGAAUGUAUUUGGACCUGACCCCAAGAGCUUGCUUCAGAACCCAGCAGGGCAGCCCACAGAGGGGUUGUCACCAUUACCAACGCCAAAGACGAAACAGGAAGGAGAACCAAAAUCCAUUCUGAAAAAGGGGGAUCUGUCAGAAGUCUGACAUUUUUUAAAAAGAUCUCUCAGUGCUGAAAUCACAGCAGAAAAUGUAUUUUUGUGUGUUUUUAUAAUUUCGGACGGUACUGUUGUUUGGUCUACAUAUGGUUUUGUUAACUUUUUAAUUUGUUUGGAUGUAAUUUUCAAAAAUCACUUAUGUUUUGAUAUUGAAAUAUGCUAGCUAAUCUAAUUUAAACGUUGGCGAAAAAAAGCCAUUUAAAUGCUGGCUGUUAAAGGUCCAAUUCAAUUAAUUGAUUGAUUGUAUUUUUAUAUUUACUUUAAAUACAUUUUGAAACAAUAAGAUAUUACAAAAUCCAAAAUGGAAUCAGUCACAAAUAUAAAAUGUACUUGUGACUUACAUUUGUCUUCCUCUGAAAUGGCUGACAUGAGCACCACUUAAUUUAGUAUAGCUUUCUGUUUGUGUGUAAUAUCUUGGAUGUCUGUUAAAGUUUACCUUUAACAUUUUUUUUUUUUUAAUCCAAUUGCAAGUCUUACAAUUCAAGGACUGGACAUUGGCCCUGUCCACACUAUGCCUUUAAACCGUAUUAGUUGCCUUUAAACCAGCUAAAAAGUGCUAAAUAUGGUUUGCGUCCACACUACACAGCGUUUAAUACUGUACUCGAAAAUUGGACUUGAGACCACCUUAGGAGGUGGUUCUAAUUAGAUCGUAUCAGGUAGUGCAGUUUUUCAGAAGUGUGGACGCUGUAAUACCGUACUACAUUUUUUGUGUAUCCUCCAAUAUCCCAAAAUGCGUUGUGGUAUGUUUGGCGAAAUACUGGCGCCUGAAGAACUUGCUAUCAGUGUACACUCUGCAAUGGGUAUUCAUAUUUAUGCUUAAAAAAAACCUGUCAGGACAUCUCUGUUAAACUAGUGGGGAAAAUAACAAAAGCACAACGUUAAAUUAGGCGACUGCAAAAAUGAAAUGCGAGUUAAAAGUAGGAUUGGGGAUGAACAAUACACGUAAUUUGUCAGCUCUUUUUGAAAUAAAAUUAAGGGGACCAGAAUUAGGCGCAGGCAAGAUAUGAAGUUAAAAACAUAGACUGUUUUGUAAUUAACAGAAUUGUUAGGGGCUCCUGAGUAGCGCUUCCAGCAAAGGCGCUCCCCGUGGAGUGCAGGAUGUGCCCUAUAGCCUGGAGAUCACAGGUUCAAAUCCAGGCAUGUCAUUGCUGAUCGUGACUGGGGGCUCCUAGGGGAGGGAUUAGGUCGGCAGGGAAAUCCACGGUUCACCGUGCACCAGCACCCCCUGGGGCUGAUAGGGCGCCUGUGGGUCUGCAGUGGAGCCAUUCAGAACUGUGUUGUCCUCUGGCACUAUGGGUCUGGUGGCUUCACUGUGGAUCUGCAGUGCAAAAAAUGAUGGAUUGGCAGGAACAUGUUUUGAAGGAUGUGUGUUUCAGCCUCCAUUUCCCAAGUCAGCGGGGGGUUGCAGCAGUGAACCAGAAUAAAAAAAAAUAAUAAUUUGGCAUUCCAAACUGGGGAGAAAACUAAAUUUUAAAUGCUUGAAUCAGAUCGCCGCAUGGUCUUCUUUGUUCAAGACUGAAUAGAUUCAAUUCUUUUAGCCUGUCUGCAUAUGACAUGCCUUUUAAACCCGAAAUAAUUCUGGUCGCUCUUCUUUGCACUCUUUCUAGCGAAGUGACCAGAACUGAACUAAACAUCACCUGAUUAAAAAUAAAACCUGAAAAUUUCAAGCCCUACUUACAUGGAUUCACAUUUACUUUUUCCAAAAUACUUGUUUGAUUUAUUUUUAGCAAUAUGCAUCUCUAUUAAUAUGAAGCAUAACAAAUUAUUUUAAAAUAAAAAACAGUGCAUGGUGGGAUACUAUCAUAUUCAUUCCACUGGAACUGUAACCGAACUAUCUUAAUAGUGUGUGGACACAUUAAGCCCGAAUAAACAUGAAAUGGUACUUCAGUGUGGACACUUUGAGCUGAAUUAAUUAGAACGGUUUUGAGUACUGUUCUCGAGAUCAGUUAUGUAGUGUGGACAGGGCCUUACACUUGAUACACCAUAGUACAGACUGAAUGCAGAGGCCAGCUAUCCAUAUUUAAUGUUUGUUAAGGUUUUGAUCUGGGUUGUCUGGUGUACUAAAAUCAGAUAAAGUCCAUUUUGUUUUGUUUUUUAUCCUGAUUGUUGCUGAGGUGUAGGAUUGACCUCUUAUCUUAAUCCCAACUAAGAGCUGUGAUAUGAAAGCAAUCAAUUGAAGGCAACCAAUGUAUUUAUUAACACAGAUGACUCUCACACAUACUUAUCAUGCUAUUUUUCUUUAUUUAAAAAAUGUUUUCUUGGAGUUUAGUUAAAGCUGAGACAAUUAAGAGUGCAACAAUUCCUCUGAUUGAGUUGUGUUGGUGUUUAAUGUUGUUUUUUUGCAUGCCUCUCAUUUGUUUACCUCAUAAAAGAACACUAGUUCCUGUUAUCAAUGUCUUUGUUUGACAGUUGCCAUGGCCUGCGCUAAGGCUCAGAUAGUAACUAUGUGGAACCUUGUACAACUUAGACACGGUGUGUACUUAGUUAAAACAGGCAGUGAUGUAUGGAAAGUUCCGAACAUCACAAUAGGUAUUAAACAUGUUUUGUUCUA